AUGGCAAUCGCAUAUGAAGGUUCUCCAAAAAGCUAUGACUAGACCAUCGAAUAGAUUAAUUUAUUCUUCACAGCCGUUUUCAUUGUGGAAUUAAUAUUUAAGUUAAUUUCCUACGGAAUAAAAGGUUAUUGGAUUUCCUCCUGGAAUAAAUUCGAUAUGUUUAUAGUAUUAUCUUCCAUAGUCGAUCUUAUCCUUAAUUUCGUUAUGGGAAACUAAAGUCUUUCUUUUCUAAGAGUAGGUCCUUAAUUAGCUAGAAUAAUGAGAGUAAUGAGAGUCACUAGGCUCUUGAAAUUAGUCAAAUCAAUGCAAGGAUUACAAAAAUUAAUAGAAACUUUAGUUUUUUCCUUACCUUCACUUAUAAAUGUGGGUGCUUUAUUACUUUUGGUCUUUUUUAUAUAUUCUGUUUUAGGAGUUUUUAUUUUUAAAGAAGUUACUGAAGGAGAUGUAGUUGAUAAAUAUAAUAACUUCUCGAAUUUCGGAUUUGCUAUGAUUACACUUUUUAGAUGUGCUACAGGGGAAGAUUGGUUUAAAUUUAUGUUUGAUUUAGGAAAAAUCUCAGGCUGUAUUACAGGUUAAACUUGCGGGACAAAUUAUAAUAUGAAACCUGAUAAUCCUUUAUAAGCUUUUAACGAAAACCUAGAAAAGUUUAGGUCUGUUUGGUCUGAAUUUACUGCAUUUUCGAACGGAGAGAAAAUCAACACUCAUGCCAUAGUAAAUUUUUUAUGUAAACUACCUUCUCCUUUAGGAUUUUAUGAAGGCAACGAUACCGAAAAACUAGAUAAACAUUAUGUCGCAAAAGCGGUAAUGUCAAUGAAAUUAGCAGAUGAUGGUGAAGGCAAUGUUUUUUUCAAUGAAAUGCUUUUUGCAUGUAUGAAAAAAGCUUACGGAGAAGAGCUCGUUUAAGAAUCCGGUGUAGAAAUUCAAAGACUGAUAAAUAAAAAAGAAUUCGAAACAAAAUAAAAACUAGAAGAGAAAAAAAGGUAGACAUUAUUGAAAAAAAAACAGCUCCUUUUUACUAAAUAAAACAAUCAUGUUAAUCCUAUACUUCUAAUGCUUUUUUGUGGCAUGGCAUUUAAAAGUUGGAAAAAUUAUAUAGACAGACCUUUAAAUUAAGACGGGUCUUUGGAAAGUGUGACUAUUUUUUCUGAUGAUGAAAGUGACUAUAUGGACGAUUUAUAAAACGAUAUCCAUUAAAAAAAUAUUCAAAAUAGAAUGGAAAAUAAUGUCUAAACAGUUAGAAAUUAAAUACUGAAAAAUCAAUUAAUUAAUAAAGAUAUAUAAAAUAUUAUUUUGGAAAAAAAUGAUGAUGAUGAAGAUGAAAAUGAUGAUGAAGAAGAAAAUUCAUUGAAAAAUGAAAAUAAUAAUUAAUAUGACUAAAAAAAUGAAAUUUCUAUGAACAAUUUUUAAAGUUUUUAAAAAUAAACUUCAGAGAUUUAAUAACCUAAAAUAGAAAAAUAAAAUAAUAUUGAAAAUCGAAUAUCUCAAAGAAAUGUUUUUAAUAUAAAUGAAUGA